AUGGCAUCGGUCAAGUCUCUCGGCCUGCACAAGCCAGCCGGCCUUCAACAUGCCAUUCAGGAAAACCUGAUUCCUCACGAUGCCCCAGCCUCUUCCUACACGUGGGACAUCACAACGGAUGGCACCGGCUCCGACGAGGCCGAGGACGAGCUGCUCACCACCCGGGACUCUGUCGUCUGGUGUCGUGGCCGCGUCUUUCGAAAGACAUUCAACUUCAGCCUCGAAAAGGAACCCAUCACCCAGGCUCUCCUGGCCUAUUUUCCGACCUCGGAAGAUGAAAAGGCCGACCUUGAUGGCUCCGGCACCGAGCCCGCCGAGGCCACCUCUGGCAGACGGCCCAACCUGCCGAGGCUGGGAAAGGCCCUCGUCGUCUUCCUCACGACCCAAGCCCACAUCUUCUUCCUUUCGGGCACCAGCCACAUCGUCCACAUGCCGUUCGAGGUCGAGUCGGCAUGCGCCGGUCCCGUCGGCGUCAUCAUCCAGCGCAGAGCGAGGUCGGACAAUGCGGCCUCCCUCGCCAUCAAGUUUCCCCGCGUCCCGCCAAACUCGUUCGUCUCCUCCCAGAUGACGACGGCCUUCGACAGCUCUCAGCAGACGACCUUUUCCGUCGACGGUCUAGGAAAUCCCAAGUCUCUGCACCUCAAUCUGCGCUCCACUCUCGCCAACAUGUGGGACUCGCCCGUGGAGCAGCCAGAGUCUCGCUGGCCGCGUCUCCUUUCCCUCACCGAUCCCCUGGCGGAUGUUGGCCUCGUCGUGGCCGAUCCCGACGUUGAACGGUUGAGCGCGCGGCCCGCUCGCUCGAAAAGGCCAGCCUUUCUCGACCCCGCAGAGGAGUUGCUUCAUGUCGAGCAGAUAAAGCUGCCCGUGGCGGCCGACGAUAAGCUGCAGGAUCCGCUGAUCCUCGCCGUCACCAUCAACCGCGAUGCCAACUCGUACACCCUUUGGCGACUGACAUAUCUGCCUCAUGUCGACACCUUCACCAAGCACCGCAACAAGACCAAGAGCAACUCCGCUCGCCGUCGAAGCUCCAUGCAACCGGCCUUUGCGAGUGGUGCCUCCACGCCCGUCCAGCAGCACUUCCGCGAGAGCUUUGGCGCACCCUUGCCCGGGAAACGUCAACGCAAAAGCGAAAGGCUGGACAAGCCUUUGGAUCUCGUCUCCUCCCUCGAGCAGCAGGAUCAGCAGGGCACCGGUGUCGCCCGCCGCAGCUCUCGCCGAUUGAGCUCCAUGCUGGCUCGGGCAGACCUUUCCGCCUCCCAUGACCGUCCCGUCUUUGCCGACCAACCCCCGAUUCCAGCCGCGGCCUUUUCCAAGCGACACGACGCCCGGUCGAGCUCCAGCUUCCAGCAUCAGCUUCAUCCGAGCCUCGGCAGUCUGCUCGAAGCACCCGUCGACCCCGGCCUCGAAGACAAGCUCCUCGACGCGGACGACUUUGACGGUCUGCAGCAUGAGCUUCGCUUUUCCAGGAUGCACACCGUUUCACUCGACAACACAAAUCUCCGCUACUCGACUUCCUCGCAACCGGCUCGCCAUCAGUCCAAGGUCUUCAUCCUCGCCGCCCCUUCCUUCGCCGUCGACGAGCAGCAGCGCACCCAGCUGCUCAUCGGCAUUCAGGAUUCGCUUGAGAAGCGGCUCCAGCUGGUCACCCUGCACGUCAAGGUGCAAGAAAGGUUUGGCCACGCCACCAUGUCGGUCGUCCCGGGCAAGCAGUGGAGAGUCCAGAAUGUCGUAGAUUCCUCCAAGCUCGUCGACGAGGACCUGUCCGUCAUCCUGGUUCUUUCCGAGUCCAUGGACGGGCGCCACGAGCUGAGCACGCAGGCACCGUGGAUAGAGCUGACCAAGGUGACAUUUUCUACUCUCUUCGUCGACGAUACGAGAGAUCCGCAGUAUCGUGGAAGGGCGCCGGAUCGAGACGUGAAGCAGAGCAAGUCGGAGGUUAUGGACCUCACCAACGGCAGCAUUGUCGGCAUUCGCGAUCCGCGCCAGCGUGGUGUCGUCGACGUUCUAGACGCCCAGGGUCGCCUUCACCAGAUCAAGAUCCAGCUGCAGCCCACGUGUCCCCAGGUCCGCAGGGUCCUUCGCAUCUGUCGAAGCGUCUUGCCAGCCUGUCAGGGGGGCCGCAUCCAUACCGGCUGGUUGCAUGUCAUGCAGUGGCUGCAUUCACGGCGAGAGCGCGUCGCGAACACGGAGUGGUCCGCCAUUUCCAUUCUUCUUCUCGCCUCGUUUCUGAUCCUCGGCCGGUCGGAUUCCAAGCCUGCGCAGACCACCCGUCUUCCCGUCCGUCGACGGAGGCCCGCUUCCGGCUCAUUCUGCUCCAUCAAGGAGUCCGAGGAUUGGAAGACGAUGGAAUUGUACGAAGCCCCCAACUCGCAAGGUCAUCCGACUUGGAUGAUGAACCGAGGGUGGCAGUGGACGCUGGACGAGGACACGGUGGAGGCUCAGGAACGUCAACCAUUCUCCGCCAGCUUUCUUCCGAGCCACAUCGCACUCGCAAAGGAUUUCAUGUCGUCGUCAAUGGGCGAGGCCGCCUUUGGCACCUCGGGGUACCUGCCAACCGCUCUGGGUCAGGAUGCCGAUGCCGAUGGCCGCCACAAAGUCGCCGUGGACAUCUUCAUGGCCCUGCAUCUUCUCCUGGAGGAGCAGAAACUAGACAUCACGGUGCCGGAGUACGCCUCACCUGGGAGGGUUGACCUGAGAGUCCUGUUGUGCCAGAUCGCAAGAUGGCUCAAAUGGCCCGGUUUCUGGUCAAUAUACGAGCUCGGCAUUCAGGAGGACACGGAUCCCCGUCAUGAUUCCGAACUCAAUCUCAAGUCGCCAAUCCCGCAACCCCCUGUUCGGCCCGACGUGCUCGAGUGGAUUCAGUCUCGGCUUGUCGGCCUUCGCGGAAAGCCAUUCCUUACCCCGGCCGACAUCUACUAUGCGAGCUCGCGCCUAUCUGAAGCCGAGAAGCUCGAGGACAGACGCUGGGAUGGCAUCACACCACGCACCCUCAUGUUCAAACGCUUUUUCAAGGUUGUCAAGCCAAAGACGACGGCAGUGCAGAUGGUGGAGGCAAUCCGAGACUGCGGGAUAACGAAUAGCGUUUUGGGCACCCUGCCCGAGGCCAUUCUUGCACCCCUGCAGGAUGCAAUCGCCCUGUGCCAGCCUCACCCACCCUCAGAGUGGACACAUGAUCUGCUGGAGUUGGUGAAGCGAAGUGAUAUUAGUCUUAUCCUCGCGACGAAGAGGCGACCGCAUCUAGCCACAUCCUCCAUUCUGACGCCUACUCACGCCGCGACGUGGGACUUUCGCCUGCUCUGCCAGAGCGUCGAGGAGACGAACAAUGUUGGAUACGAUGAAGGUGAAGGUACUGAGCGCCAGGCCGUCAUCAGAGCCUUGUUUAAGGAUGAUCGCCGUCUCAAUGCGGCGCAGGAUCUGUUAUCCACGCACAAAACCAGAGUGAUCCGCCUGGAUCCCAAUCCGAGCUGGCCCGAAAGCGAAUAUCUGGAGAAGCAAAAGGAGCUUGUCUCGCGGAUCGCGACGGGCACGCUGGCAAUACCCGCAGGGCGUGCAUUGCUAUACUACAGCUUGCGAUAUCCCCUCAUCACGCAAAAGUUCCACAUCGGGGGCUUCAACCUCAACUGCAUAGUCAAGCCGGCCAAUGUCACCGUUGGUGUGGACAAGACUCUGUUUACGGAAGAAAAGGUUUGUUGGGGUUUCUUCCACCAAGGCGUUGCUGCCGGCCUUGCCAUCUCGCCACAGGCAAAGGGAAUCGAUACAUCCUGGAUCUUGUACAACAAGCCAGGUCAAGAUCUGAGCAACCGACACGCUGGAUUUCUGCUCGCCCUCGGUCUUAACGGCCACCUGAAGGGUGUCGCCAAAUGGGUUGCUUUUAAAUAUCUCACGCCAAAGCACACCAUGACGUCCAUCGGGCUGCUUCUCGGUCUCGCAGCAUCGUACAUGGGAACCAUGGACUCUCUCAUCACUCGUCUCCUCUCGGUGCAUGCCACGCGCAUGCUUCCACGCGGAGCCGCUGAGCUGAAUCUGUCGCCGUUGACGCAGACUUCGGCCAUAAUGAGCAUCGGGCUGCUGUAUUGCAACAGUCAGCAUCGCCGCAUGAGCGAAAUCAUGCUGUCGGAAAUCGAACACAUCGAUGAGGAAGAUGAGGAAGAGCCACUGCGAAGCGAGUGCUACCGACUCGCCGCCGGUUUCGCCCUAGGCUUCGUCAACCUGGGCAAAGGCAACGACCUCAGAGGACUUCACGACAUGCGGCUUACGGAAAAACUGAUUGCUCACGCCACGGCAACAAAGAAUGUCGAUAUAGUCCAUAUUCUGGAUCGUGCGGCAGCCGGAGCAGUCAUGGCCAUCGUCCUGAUAUUCAUGAAGUCCGAAGACCAGAUCGUGGCCCGCAAGGUGGACGUGCCUGACUCUGUGCUUCAGUUUGACUACAUCCGCCCCGAUAUUUUGCUGUUGAGAACGCUCGCCAAGAACCUCAUCAUGUGGUCCAAGAUUGAGCCGACGUUUGCUUGGAUUCAUGACAGCCUGCCUGCCACUUUCCGGUCGAGGCAUAAGCUCAUGGGAAUCACGAAGCUGCGGUCGACAGAUCUGCCUUUCUUCAGCAUCCUGACCGGGUUGUGCUUCUCUGUCGCCUUGCGGUUCUCCGGCAGCGCGCUGCCCAACGUGCGAGACCUCUUGGUGCACUAUCUCGAUCAGUUUAUGCGCAUCGCGCGUAUUCCCGGGACACCUCGGGACCACCCAGAUGCUUCGCCGCUGUACGACGAGGAGCUCGCGAGGUCCAAUGCUAGAAUGUAUCAGGACAUUCUCGCUCUCUCGUGCUCCAUAGUCAUGGCUGGCACGGGUGACGUUGCCGUCCUUCGUCGUCUGCGUGCUCUCCAUGGCAGGGAUGACCCGGACACGCCCUACGGAUCUCACCUCGCGGCCCAUCUAGCCGUUGGAGCCCUCUUCCUCGGUUGCGGAACGGCAACCUUUGGCACCAGCAACAUGGCCAUCGCCGCUCUGCUCGUUGCGUUCUAUCCCGUCUUUCCCUCAAGCGUCAUGGACAAUCGCUCCCAUCUCCAGGCCUUUCGCUAUUUCUGGGUCUUGGCCGCCGAGCAACGUUGCCUGGUCGCCAAGGAUGUCCUUACCGGUCAGCCCGUGUCGGUACCGGUGCAUGUCAGAAUGAAAGAUGGGUCGUCGUUCGAGCCGAGCAACUCCAGAACGACGCCCUGUCUCCUCCCGCCGCUCGAUCAGAUCCGUAGCGUGGCUACGUCAUGCGGGCCGCAGUACUGGGACGUCGAGCUGGACUUUACCAAUUCAGAUGUGCGAAAGGCGUUUGCCGAAACGCAAAGCCUCUAUCUGCGACGUCGUCCACCCCACGAAGGGCCUUUUCCCUCGACCCUCCGGGCACUCGGCAAGGAUGACCGGGGAGAGAAUCCGUUCGAAUGGCUCUUCAGCCUUGAGGCACUCCGGGGUGUCACGUAUGCUGAAAAGGCAGCUCUCCUCGAGUCCACGGACCGCGAACCGGAGGUCGGUUCAGCACUCGACGCCCGCAUGGAACUCGAGCGUGGCAUCAUGGAUGGCGGCGACAGGGAACGCCUCGAGGGUGCGCGACUUCUCUUUGAAUGGGCCGGCACACGCGAACGGCUGCUCGAAACAUUGCCGCCAGCAUCCUCUCCGGAAGACAGCCAGUCGACGAUGAAGGCAUCGUCGUCGGCCACCCUUGCAGCCGAGGAUUCCCAGCACGAAUCUUGGAAGAAGACUUCACCCCUUCGAGGCGAGCAUUCUUGGUGGAUGCGCGAUAGUGUCAUUGAAACCCUCAAGGGCAAGGCGUGGUUGGCAGCCCGAGAGGGUGGCGAUCUGUAG